AUGACCGACACAAUGAGUUCUGCCGGUCAAAUGGAGCUAUCGCUCAAAGAUAAUGGACUCAUUGUUGAUAUGUCAACGACAGCAUCACUCUUGCAUCACAAUACAUUAGCCUCACACGCUCAUGCCUUGCGUAGCCUUAAGGAACACCAUCAUCACCAGCAGCAGCAACAGCAGGCGCUUCAGUUGCAUCACAGCUCCGAAGAUCAAUCAUCGUCGUCGUCGGACAAUGGUGGCGAGAAACCCAUCUCGACACCAGUAACAGCCAAUGUCAGUAUAUCGCCAACAAAUCUCUCAACGAACCACAACAACAAUUCAAAUGCCUCCAAUAAUCCUACAACAUUCCGCUGCGAACGCUGUGACAAUUUCGAGACCAGCUCCCGAGCCACAUUGCUCUUGCAUGUAGUCCAAUGUCUGUCGAAUUCAGCUGCGGCCGCAGCACGCCUUAAAAAUGAAGAUGUCGAUAUCGGAGGUGGUGGUGGUGCGGAUAAUCCGGCAACGAGUCCCGAUCAUCGUUCGGGUGGUUCGGUGACACCCGUCAGCGGUGGGGGUGUGAUCAGCGCCAUUGCUGAAAUUUUCGAAUGGUGCAAAUAUGAGACAUUCUUUCGCAAAGAUCACUUGGCGGAACAUUUUACCACACACACAAAAACGCUGCCGUAUCAUUGCCCGAUAUGCAAUCGAGGUUUCCAGCGUCAAAUUGCCAUGCGGGCCCAUUUCCAAAAUGAGCAUGUGGGCCAGCAUGAUCUUGUCAAGACAUGUCCGUUGUGCAGUUACCGGGCUGGUUCCAUGAAAUCACUGAGAAUACAUUUUUUCAACAGACACGGCAUUGAUUUGGACAAUCCCGGACCGGGCGGUUCAUCGUCGCUGUUACUCGCUCUGGAGUCACAGGCAUCACAGGUGGCUGCUGCCGCUGCUGCAGCCGGUUAUGUGCCGACUGGUCUGAAUGCCGUUGCAGCAGCGGCUGCAGCUGCUGCCAAUGCUGCUGUCAAUUCGAAUGCGGCCAUUGUCUCGGCCGCCAACAGUAUGCCCAGCCACCAGAGCGACAGCGGCGAAUCGCUACGCUCCCUGGAGAAUGCAACACCGCCAAUGCAUUUCCUAACGCCCCAUGUGGAGAUCUCAACACUACCCGACAAUGGCCUCUCGGAUAACGCAAUGUUCAAUGUAAAGCAAUGUUCCAAUUCUAAUGAUUCUCUUAUGUCUGUAGUAAACUCAUUGACUUCCUCUACUUCAUUCUAUACUCGUUCGUCCGUUGAGAAUGUCCUCUUAUGCGUUUUGCGUGCAUUUGAUUUGCAGGGUCACAGCAGCACCAACAACACCACAGCCAACAACAACAGCAAUCCCAGCAACACCCCCAACAGCAGCAGCGGCAGUAGUAACAUUUGCAGCAGUGGCAACAACAACAAUACGACCACAUCAUCGGCAGGCAGUACCACAGGAGAUGUUAUGGGGCCGAUGGAUCGUGACACCAUUAUGGAGUCGCCGGUGCCGUUGACCAUAAAUAUGCCACCACAAGAACAUCCAUUAGAUUGUAAUGCCAAAUCGUUGCCUUCGAGUACCAGUAGCAGUGCCAGCAGCAGCGGCGGCGGUAUGGGACCUGGUUCUGGCGGAGCCCUGUGUGGUGCCUUGACUUCCGUAUCACCGAAAAAUCAUCAUGAUAAUCACAUAACACCGUCGAUUAGUCUCAUACCCAUAAAGCAGGUCAGUGAACCACCCAGCGAGGAUACUGCGAAAAAUUCCCUCAAUGGCGGUGAGACCAUGAAUGGUGGUGACAGCAGUGAAUCGGAAUUCUCUGCACCCAAUACGAGACUAACAUCACUGAUUAAGGUUUCACCCCUGAAAUCAUUGCUGCGGGAAGAUCUGAAACGCCGCAUUUGUGCCAAGGCCAAUAAUCGUAUUACCCGCAAUGCUGCCUCCAUGGAAAACAAUAAUGUGAUACAAAGCAGUUUGACACCGACCUGUGGAACUGCCACUUCGUCCACUACGCCGAUUUGCAAUGGCACCAUAACAUCGACCGGGCCCGAAAACGAUUCGGCUGGUCUGAAUCGCAAACAAAUACUCACUUGCCUCUUCUGUGGCAUUGAAUUUCCCGACGAGACGCUGUACUUCCUGCACAAGGGUUGCCACUGUGAAAGUAAUCCCUGGAAGUGUAACAUUUGCGGGGAACAGCUGAACAAUGUGUACGAAUUCAAUGCUCAUCUGCUGAGCAAGAGUCAUCAAUAGCAACCAAUGCAUAAGGGUGUCUUGACAUCGGGCGGGAA